UCGACGGAUCCAGGUGCCCGCGUGUCGAGUGUCCAGGUGUCGUGUGUCCAAAAGCGGACCAAACCGAAUCUCAAGGCGCCGCUCUGCGUUGCGUGCCUACGUGUCCUACGUGUGUGUGAGUGUACCAGGUUCUGUGUGUGUGCCAGUGAGUGAGUCAGUGAGCGCAAAAAAGAUAACACAAAGAGCCACAGUGAAAGAUCGAGACGCACACACUCUCACGCGACCUGCAAUGAAAAUAAAGUAGAGAAAAGAGUGCCCAGGUGUGUGUGAUUGUGUUAGUGCUUGUGAUGGAAUAACAGAGAAAAUAAAUGGAAAUUAAAUGAAGCUGCAAAAACUGCCAAAUAAACAAAGUGCUAUGCGAUGCAUAAAUGAGAACCCGAAGGGAGUUACCUGUAUAAUCAUCAAGACAUUCGCGCCAUUCUAGAGGCCUCUAGCUGAGAGACAAAUCCCUCGAAAGGAGGACCCAACCAUGUCGCACAAGACGAGCAGCCGUCGCAGCAGCGACCUGGAGUGUCCACUAGCUUCCUUGGGCCGCAACAGCAAUGCGGUGCGCGAUCACUACCACCAUCCGCAUCCGCUGAGCUCCAGUCCACUGGAUCCGCAGGCCUACAAGAUGAUGUCCCGCAAGUCGCCCAAUCCGGGCAUGGAAGUGGCCCAUGAAGCGGCGACCAGUGACCAGGUGGCCGCCUCCUCGACGGUGCUCCACAUGGUGCAACAGAAGGCGGCAACCUUCGAGCUGCGAGGUCGCCACUCGCGACCCGAACAGGCCAGCACCUACGGAGCCCAUUCGACGGCUUCGGUGGGCAGGCAUGCGAAGAAAUCCCCCGAACUGCCGCCGGCUCCGGCCUCCAGGAAUCCAGUGGCCCCCGUGCCGCAGCCCCGGAACUUCCUCACCCUGGAGCAUGUCCUGCAAUUCGGGACACAGCGACCCAGUUGGAUGCACGGCAACAGUGCGGACACGGAGGAUUCCAGUGACAAUAAUGGCGGAGGUGGCGGAGGCCCAGGAAGUGGAGGAGGAGGCAGUGGAGGAGGCACUGGUGGAGCCACCGCUGGAGGACGAAGGCGAGCCCAAGGUGGCCGCUGCAGUGUGCCCACUGUACUGAGCAGCAAUGGCGGCGCCGGCAGCAAUGGAGCCCAGUACCUGCUGGACAAGAAGAUGGAGUCCCUGUAUCUGGGCAACGCUCUAAGGGCUCUUCCCUUGGGGGCCGAGGCGAGUCAGUACCAAAACGAGCGCUACUACCUGGAGGAUUACAGCAGCGGCAGCGGGAAUGAGCGACUGCCAGAACGCCUGCUCCAUCCGCGCACCUCCAGUCCCAGCGAGACGAGUGGCUCGGAUCGCUACCUGCUGAACCGGAGCUCCAACUCCAACCACCUGCACUCCAAGGGCCAGAGUCUGUCGGAUGGCCUGUGCAACCUGGGCCGCUUCUCGCCCAGCUUGGACCAGGGCUAUGCCACGCUGGUCUCGCCCUCGCCGACGGGUCAUCAUUCGAGUGGCGGGACGGGCAAUGUGACCAACACCACGACGGCCAGUGGAGCGGGGAUUAUGGCGAGCAGUACGCCGACUACAACGCCGCGAAGAGGAGUCUCCAGCAAUGGAGGAGGAGGAGGAGCCAUUGGACCGCCGCCCUGGAACCGCAAGGGUCCCUUUCGCUGCGGACCGCUCUUCGAUCGUCUGCCCGACGAGGCCGUCGUCCGCAUCUUCUCCUGGCUGGACAGCUGCGAGCUGUGCAACGUGGCGAGGGUCUGCCGGAGAUUCGAGCACCUCGCCUGGCGACCCAUCCUCUGGAAGGUCAUAUCACUAAGGGGCGAGCACCUCAAUGGCGACAAGACGCUGAAAAUGAUCUUCCGGCAGCUGUGCGGCCAGAGUUGCAACGGCGCCUGUCCGGAAGUGGAGCGCGUCAUGCUCUCCGACGGCUGUCGCAUCUCGGACAAGGGCCUCCAGCUGCUCACCCGCCGAUGUCCGGAGUUGACGCACCUCCAGCUGCAGACCUGCGUGGGCGUCUCCAAUCAGGCGCUGGUCGAGGCGCUGACCAAGUGCAGCAACCUGCAGCAUCUGGAUGUAACAGGCUGCAGCCAGGUGAGCAGCAUCAGUCCGAAUCCCCACGUGGAGCCCCCGCGUCGCCUUUUGCUUCAGUAUCUGGACCUCACGGACUGCAUGGCCAUCGACGACAUGGGCCUGAAGAUCGUGGUCAAGAACUGUCCCCAGCUGGUGUAUCUGUAUCUGCGGCGCUGCAUACAAAUUACAGAUGCGGGUCUGAAGUUUGUGCCCAGUUUCUGUGUGUCGCUGAAGGAGCUCAGUGUGUCCGACUGCCUGAACAUCACCGACUUUGGCCUCUACGAGCUGGCCAAGUUGGGGGCUGCACUUCGCUACCUUUCGGUGGCCAAGUGCGAACGCGUUUCGGAUGCCGGGCUGAAGGUCAUUGCUAGGAGGUGCUAUAAGCUGCGCUAUCUGAAUGCCCGAGGGUGUGAGGCGGUAAGCGAUGACUCCAUCACCGUGCUGGCCCGCUCUUGUCCGAGGCUCAGAGCACUGGACAUUGGCAAGUGCGAUGUGAGCGACGCGGGACUGAGAGCCCUGGCCGAAAGUUGUCCCAACCUGAAGAAGCUCAGCCUGCGCAGCUGCGACAUGAUCACGGAUCGCGGCGUGCAGUGCAUCGCCUACUAUUGUCGGGGUCUUCAGCAGCUGAACAUCCAGGACUGCCCGGUGUCCAUCGAGGGCUACCGGGCAGUCAAGAAGUACUGCAAGCGCUGCAUCAUCGAGCACACCAAUCCGGGAUUCUGUUGAGAUGACCCU